CUAUUCUCAGGACAGGAGGAAGCCUGAGGGGGGAAAUGAUACAAACACAGACAGGAUAUUGGAUGUAUACAAGUAUAUAUAUUGGUGUUUCCAGCAGCAAUGAGAAGUCCACCGUUGACUGAACAGGACUGAAAUUAUUUAGCCUGGAUGUUAACUGGGAGGCACUUGGAUUAUACCUGUGAAGACACGAUGGAUGCUCAGCCUGUAGCAGAGACAACCAGCUUCUGUGCCUCCACCAUGCUGGGCAGUGAGGACAGUGAUGAAGAAACCAGCCAAGAAGAGGCGUCAAUCAUCAGAUGGAAUGAGCUCUCCAUCAUAGAGCGUGUAGGCCUUAACAGCGUAGAGAUGUCAGAGAAAGAUUUGGAGACCUCCUUCUCUCAGAUCGCCAUGGCCUUUAGAUGUGAUCAGUACACCCUGAAACAGCGGCUGCAGGCGGAGGAGCACGCCCGCAACCUGGCAGAGGAGAACGUGCAGCUGGAGCUGACCAGAGGCAGGGAGACUCUGGAGGUGUUAAAGGGCCUGUGUCUGGACAGUAAACGCAGUAAUAUCCUGCAGAGGCUGGAGCUGUCUCUGGACAUCCUGGGUGGGACUGUGGAGCGGAUCUCCAACACGGCAGAGGUGCUUGGGGCUGUGCACCAGGAGGCUCGUGUGAGUCGGGCUGUCGAGCACAUGGUGGCUCACGUGGAGAAUCUGAGGAGACAACAUGACAGAAAUGUGGCCGAGCUGGAGGAAGCCAAGAAGACGAUCCAGCAGCAGAAUUCCUGCAGAAACAGCAUAGAUCUCAGACCAUCACCAGACCCGGAUGAAUGUGACACCAGAAAGAAAAGCUUUCUGCAGAUCAGCGGUCGUCGAAGGGUCAGUGUAUCUCUAAUUCCCAUCCAAUUCCAGGAGAAGAUAAAGCCUAAAGACUUGAAGAAGCAGGCCUCUCAUGACGGCUUCUCCCCCAGCACCAAGUCUUCCCCCACAUGUCGGACUCCAUCGCCGACGGCAGAGUCCAACUGCUUUCCUACAACCAAGGAUGACAGCAACUCAGUGGAAGACAGGCCUCAGGAUCCAGAAGAAACUCCGCCAGAAACUUUGGCUGUUCAACUCCCUCCUCAGCCCUCACCCACACCCAACUCUGAGUGCCUCCCUUCAAACCAGUCGGCCACCAGCAAGAACGAAAACAAAAGUUCCCCUCUGGAGCCUUUGCGGCAGAGACACAAGAGCAAAGCUGCGUUAUCAAAGAAAAAAGUAGAGAAGGAUAAAAAGAGUGUGAACAUUUACAGACAACUGUCUGGUGGCAUGUAUGGCUCUCUGUGGAGACAACGUCCUCUGGUUCACUGGGUGUAUCGCUGUCGCUGGGCGCUCCUCUUCAUGUACCUGUCUGUGCUUUUCUGUGUAAUAACACUGACUUAUUUGUUGUUGGAAGUUCUAUGAUGGUUGUGACUGUACUGUUUACAUCGAGUGUGUAGUAGACCAGCUGAUUUACCUUCCUCACACUGGUAAGCUAAGUACUUAAAUACAACACAUUUUGGUUCUAUUUUAAAUCUCAGGAAAUAAUUCCACUCUUUCUCGAGAACAAUGCCACACAGGUUUGACUUUCAGUUGUAUUUUUUAAUUAUAAAUAUACAAAACAUAUCAAAA